ACCAGACAUAUGAUAUUUUUUAGAAAUGUAUUAAGUAUUAAUAAAAAUGCUAAAAUACAACACAAACAACAACGGGUGAAUUUAGCGAAAAAAAAUUGAAACAGCGGUUUCUUGGUUUCCAAAACUACAUGGACCAGAAUGCAACGCGUCGCAUUACGUCACUCUUCGCCGCAUUGGCCCGCCGCCAGACCGCCGGACAGCUGAGGACCCAAAAGACGUGACAUUCUCAUUUAUUGACCCAAAUCUCCCCGUGGUUGCUUCGCGCAAUGGCCAAGACGUACGAUUACCUCUUUAAGCUGUUGCUUAUCGGCGACAGCGGCGUGGGCAAGACGUGUCUGCUCUUUCGAUUCAGCGAAGACUCCUUUAAUACCACCUUCAUAUCCACCAUAGGCAUAGACUUCAAAAUCAGAACGAUUGAGCUGGACGGAAAGAGAGUCAAACUUCAAAUCUGGGACACUGCAGGCCAAGAGCGCUUUCGCACCAUCACAACAGCUUACUACAGAGGAGCCAUGGGAAUCAUGCUGGUCUACGACAUUUCCAACGAGAAGUCGUUUGAAAACAUUAAAAACUGGAUCAGGAAUAUUGAAGAGCAUGCCUCAUCGGACGUCGAGAAGAUGGUCCUGGGUAACAAAUGUGACAUGAGUGACAGGCGGCAGGUGUCCAAAGACAGGGGUGAAAAACUGGCUAUUGAUUACGGCGUCAAGUUCCUGGAGACCAGCGCAAAGUCAAGUCUAAAUGUCGAAGAGGCGUUUUAUACCAUGGGAAGAGACAUCUUGCACAAUCUGAGCUCAAAGACACCUGACAACACUGCUGCAGGAGCCAGCAAAGCAGUCAAGAUCACCGAGAAGAAAUCCAAGAGGAUUAAAUUCCUCAAGUGUUCGCUCAUCUAGAGCCCGCCGUGCACACACCCCAGAGUGACUUUGCUCAUUUUGAGGCGGCUCCUGAUUUCAUGUGACUUUUGAGCGAGGGCUUCUUGCUUUUGCGGGCUGACCUCGGCCCCAGCGUGAGCUGACGGGUUUCCACUCAAGGCCUCGUCCGACUGAAGACGUGCAACCGGGGCUUGAACCCCGUGACGGUUGUCCACGGCUUGUUUGUAGCCGGACGCCUGUGAGGAGUCUUGUUUUUUGUUUUGCCGUAACCUCAGUUAUUGAACUCGAGCAAUCCAUGGUUUUCGUACAAUAACAAACGCCUCACUUUUUUUUUUUUUAGCACUUUGUAGCACUACUUUUAUACCUUGUGCCAUAUUGACCACGAGGAUGCUGUGCGACAUGCAUAUCGAGUCCCAGCAAUGAAUGUAUUUGUGUGUGUGUGUGUGUAAAAUUAAUGGGUCAUUUUCAUUUAUUUUGAUCAAUAACGGUAAAGACACUGGCCAAAAACAAAAAAAUUAGCCAUUUUUGUCAUGCUGCCUUCGUUAUGCUUUAAAAACAUUUCGAAUUAACCUCUUAAGCAUUCGCAGUAGUAGUCACUGUUGUCCCUUUGUAUGAUACAAAAAUAAUAGUUAAGACGUGCUUAAAUUUCUGACAACUUAUUGCAAUAUAUUAGAAAUAACAUUUUGCUGUCUGCUAUGAUGGCGCGUCAGCGUACAGCUCCCUCUGGUGGAGACGGACAUAACCUACCGUCGAAUGUGAACGCUGAACACAAAGAUGCAUUUGUUAACUUUCAUGGAAAAUCAUAUUCAGAAAAUAUUUCUUUGGGACACACAAUGGAGAUAUUUUCACAUCACAAGUUUGCAAAAUAUAAAACUGCCAACUAUUCCAUCAGUAAAGUUCAUUUUCAAAAAUAAAUUCGGUGAAGCAUGUCUUUACUGUUACUAAUCAAAUGACCCAUAUUAAGACCUGAAGGCAUUAGUCAUACAAACUCCAAUUUACUGUGUGUGUAUAUAUUUUUUUUAUUACUGACAUGAUUGAAGAGUUCCUCCGACAAGAUGCAGUGAAUCCACGUUGUAAUGCCAUUGUCAGUAUUUGCAUGAGCGCCGUCGCAGUAUUAAGCACAUUGUACACUUCCUAAAGAGACGACGGCUCCGUCUGUAUAUGAAAGUGAUUGUUGAGUACACGUUGAGAAAGUUUCACGUCACCCGUGCAAUAUGUGUGGACAUUCUGCUAGUGUUCUUCACAUUAAAAAGACUUGAAAGGGCA